UUCUGCAGCGGCCAUCGCUGUUUUGUUUUUGUUGUGACCUCCUCCAGAACUCAUAUUCCUCCGUUUUUAUGCAAGUAGGUUAUAUUUAUUGGGUUUCUGCCAUUUAAAAUGUGGUAUUUCAAUGACCGACAGAUAAAAUCUGUUUUAAACUAAAGUAUUCUGCGCCAAGUCUGGUCUGUACAUACAUAUGGUUGAAUGACAGGUGAGACUCUAAAAAGGAGAAAUGAGCGACAGCGUUCAUCUUAGUUUAGUAAACACGGGUAAAGACGGCCAAACCCCCGCGCCCGGGGAGAGCAGCACCACCCCGUCCGACCAGGAGAACUUCCCGUACGACGCGGAAGACCCGGGCGAAGAGAGCGACGUGCCGGAGGCGAGAGACGGUGCGGCCAGCCCGGAGGAGCUCAACGACGACGAGACGUCUGGAGAGAGCGAGAACGUGCCCAAGACCUGCAUCUAUGACGGCUGCACGGAGACCACGACUCAGGUGGCCAAAGCCAGGAAACCCUGGAUGUGCAAGAAACACCGGAAUAAAAUGUACAAGGACAAGUAUAAGAAGAAGAAAAGCGACCAGGCCAUGUCAUCGGGAAAAAUAGACGAGGGUUCGGAGGAGAGGCCUGUAUCUGUUACUAAGCAACGGCUGGGUACCAUGGGAGACAGACCAGCCAGACCCUCCCUGAUAGAGCAGGUGCUGAACCAGAAGAGACUGUCUCUGCUGAGGAGUCCAGAAGUCAUCAGCUUCCUUCAGCAGCAGCAGCGUUUACUGAUCACACAGAAUCGGUCUCAAACACAGCACAACUACUGAAGGCUGAAGAUGCUUUACUCAUCCUUUUGAGGAUUGAAUGCGAUCACAACUUAACAAAUUUUAAAUGCGGAAUAUUCUAUAUUCAUGUGGGAACUGUGAGCAUCUGUGACCUGCAGCUGUCCUUGAUGCUGUGGAGACUAUCAACACUGCAUUCUGAAAACUGGGAUAUUUGACAAGGAGCCGAUCGAUUUUAAGUACUGCUGUCACCAUCAAGCUCGUUGAUAUCAUGAAAUGAAUUGGCAGCUAAAUCUACUGUAUAUCAAUAAUGCAUUUGACUAGCCAUCCUGUUCGGCCUCAUGUAGUAUCAUUUAGUGAUUUUAAAUUAAUGAUUGAAAAUAUGAAACGGCAGCUGUAGAAGUUAAUUUUUUUUAGUGAUCUCAAUCUAAUCUGUAAUGUUUGGUAAGGUUACCAAUGAAAGCUACGAUUUAGUUUUAGCUUUUUAGCCAUCAUGACAGUGUAGCUGAAAGACACAGCAUACACCCAGAAUUCUUCAGUCAGCUUUAUUAUUAUUUUAAAGAUGGGGUAAGCUCAAUGAAGUUUUUAUUAAUCUUUUGAAGAUUGAUAAACUGCAGUUUUAAAAGCAUAAAUGCUGUGGAUUUUUCUACUUUUUUUGUUUCGUUUUUAAAUUUCAUAUUUGCGUUUGGGCCAAAAAAUAAACAGGCACAAAUAGAACAGAGAUUUUUAUAUUACAAAAACAAGAAAGCUAAUGCAGGUGAAAACAACAACAACAGCAACAUGAAAUGUUACAGAAGGCACAAUGUUAUAUGACACAAAUAAAACAUUGCCAGAACAAG